GUUCGUGUUGACAUCCUUAGCCUCUUGGCUAACCGGUGAAGCUAACGGAGUCAUGGCUGAAUUGGACAUCGGGAAACACUGUCGGAUCGAUUCCUGCAGUCUGAACGAUUUCCUUCCAUUUGUCUGUGAUUCCUGCAGAGGCGUUUUCUGCCUUGAGCACAGAAGCAGAGAGGCCCACUCCUGUCCAGAGGAUCCCGAAAACAAAGAACAAAAGGAACCAAAGACCACCGGGGGCAGCACAAGUCAUCCCUGCUCAUUUGAAGACUGCAGAGGAAAAGAGCUGUUGCCUGUAAUAUGUCCGCAAUGUGAGAAACAUUUCUGUCUGGUCCAUCGUCAUCAAGAUGAUCACAAGUGUGAGAAGUUGGAGGUCCAGAAACCUCGAAUGGCAGCUACUAGAGAGCUGGUGCAAAAGAUUGUGGAGUCAAAGGAUGGAUCCAAAAGUAAAGGACGUAAAGGAGCAAAGAACAGUGCAACUGCAGCUAAGGUAGCAUUAAUGAAACUGAAACUACAUGCUACAGGAGACAAGGGACUACCACAGACAGAGAGAACCUAUUUGCAGGUUUAUCUCCCCAAAGAAUCUCAGGACACCACCCAACCCAUGUUCUUCUCUUCUAAAUGGAGUGUUGGAAAAGUGGUGGAUUAUGCAGCCUCUCUGGCGAGCCUCAAGAACAACAACAAUGUACUGACUGCUAAGAAGCUGCGGUUGUGUGACCCUCAGAAAGGUGAAGCUUUGCGUAUGGAUGACACCCUCCUCUCAUUGCUGGCUCACCCAGAAACUCCUCUGUACAAUGGGGGUAACGUGAUCCUAGAGUACCUGGAUAAUGAGUGCACAGGCCUGGUGGACGUUUCCGACUACAUCACACAGACAUGACAAACCAACAGGUUUCUAAAUGCAAUCUGUGUUUCUGUCAAUAAAAUGUCAUUUUGAAAUAUU